AUGAAAGAUGCCUCAAGCAACGAAUCUAAAACUUGGUUUCCCAUUUACUUUGAUCACAAUAAGCAAAAGAUGAUGCCUCGAUACGUUCAUCCGAAUUUAGAUAUUCAUGAAUUCCUUACACCUCAUGAGGAGAAUCAUUCUUCAACUGGAAAAAUGAAUAGAUGGAGCCAAGGAGAAAACAACUUAUUCCUUGAAUAUUUGUCCGUGAAUUUUUACCAGUGGCAAUAUCAUAAAGAAGCCCUUUACAAGUGGCUGAGUAAAGUUGUAUUUCAGGAUCAGAUCAGUGAUGUAUACAUUUUUCACAAAUGGAAGAAUUUACGCGGAACAUAUUUUGAUGAACGACGAAAAACAGAAAGUGUACAGUGUAGUAAGUUGUCUGAAGAACGCGUCAAAUCUAACAAAUCGUCUGUUGUAAGAAAAAAAAAUAGAUUUUGGACAGUUGAGGAAGAGAUUUUAUUAAUGGAUCUUUUGAAAGUAAAUAUAGAUGAGUAUAUAGAACGUCAACUCAAAUGUUUAGAACGAAUUCAGAAAAUUCAUUUUCCACAAUUUUCUGCGAGGAAUGUAGUACAUAAAUCGUAUUCAUUAGGUAAAUUGUAUAAAUUAGAUAAAUUAGGUAGUAAAAGGCAUCGAAGGAAUAAGUAUCCGAAACAAGAGCAGGAACUUUGGUCGAAAGCAAAUGAAUUUUAUACUCUAUUUGAUCAAAAAAAAAUAAAAUGGACAGUUGAAGAAGAAAUUUUAUUGAUCGAUGUGCUGAAAAAUCAUGUAGAAGAAUAUGUUGAAAAUGAGAAUGAAUUUCUAAAACGAAUUAAUGAAAAAUAUUUUCCAACAAAGUCUCCUAAAAGAAUAAAGUUAAAAUUGAUAUUUCUCUCACCGGGAUAUCAUAAAAAACAUCAGGCUCGAUUAAAUAAGAAAAAUGUAACCGAACAGGAUCGGGAAUUAUUGUCAAAGGCCGGUGAAGUUUUUCCGUUAAUUAAAAAGAAAAGGAAAGAACUCAAUGUAAAAAGAAUGAAUGAUGGUGUUAAAAAAAGAUUGCCACCAAGAAGGAAGGCUCACAAAACUCAAUUGUUGCCUAAAACAUUGAAAGUAGGAUAUAAAAUUUCUUUAGAUCAUCAAAAUUUAUUUAAUCUAGGACGUUCAUUAUUAAAAUAUAUUGAUGAUGAGGGAAAUAAGACGAGUGAAAUGCUAGAAGAAGUGGUAAAUGUUGAAUGGCCUGAAUAUUUUACGGUUCUUUCUGUAAUCGGUUCUGGAAAUUCAGCUACGGUUUAUGAUGUAUGUUGGAAACGUACUCAAACAAAACUUGUAAUUAAAAAAUUUGACGAAGGUUCGACGAAAGAAAUGAUAUUAAACGAGAUUCAUUUAAUGGAAAUUAUGAGAAAAAAUGUUAUAUUUCAUCCAAAUAUAAUUAAAUUUUAUGGAAUUACGAACAUAAAAGAUGAAAUAAAUUAUGAACUUAUGCUAGAAUAUGCGGAUGGCGGAACAUUAGGAAGAUAUUUAAGAGAAAAUGCCAGUACUUUUAAAUGGGAAAGUCAAUUGAAAUUUGCCAACGACAUCGCGAGUGCAAUUUUAUGGAUACAUGACAAUGAAAUUAUACAUCGAGAUCUUCAUUCCAACAACGUCUUAAUCCAUCAACAUACAAUCAAAUUAGCGGAUUUUGGAUAUGCGUGUCUGCAAGGAUCAGGAUCAGUUACUAAAGCAGCACGUGGUGUAAUCCCUUAUAUGGAUCCUAAAAUUUUUGAAAAUCCUUUAUAUGACUUAAACAAAAAGUCUGAUAUUUAUAGCUUGGGAGUUUUAUUCUGGGAAUUGACGAGUCGUUCAUCUCCUUUCAAUUUUGAAACGACAGGCGAAACAACUUCUAUUCAGAUUGAAAUUCUUAACGGUAAAAGAGAAAAACCUAUUAUAUUCACAAAUGAUGUAUUUGUUAAGCUUUAUCAAAAAUGUUGGGAACAUGAGCCAGACGGGAGACCAAAUGUUGAUCAAGUAAUUUCAGAGCUUAAUAGUAUUGAUCCUAAUAGUUGUGAUAAUUCUAAAGAAAAUGAAGAAAGUGAAAUAAUAGAUGAAUUAAAAUAUGAAGAAGACUUUUCGCUUUAUGAC